CGACCGUCCGUUACUUUCACUGUAACAUGUGGGAGGAACUACUUCCGGUUCUACAGUGGCGUGAAGAGAUCGUGGCACAAAGGGAACAGACUAUGCCUUUCCUGCACGGCUUCAGGAGGAUCGUGUAUGAGUACCAGCCGCUGGUGGAUGCUGUGAUGUGUGUUUUGGGAAUAGAAGGAGAAAACCAGCGUAGGCGAGAUGAUGAAGAAAGCGUCUCUGGGGCUCUUGUGGAGCUUCUGGAUAGGGAGUCUCAGUCUCCCGUCUUCAUGGAGGGAAUCAGUUACUCUCUGUUUCGAGUGGCUGAUAUUGGGUUGGUCAGCGCAGCACAGGUGCUUCUGCGUUACGGAGCUGAUCUCAACUUUGAAGACCCUGUAUUGUACUACAACCCCUUACACAUUGCAGUGCUGAGAAACAAGCCAGACAUGGUGCAGAUGUUGAUAUCUCACGGAGCUGAAAUCGAAAAGAGGGACAGGAUUCGUGAAAGCAGCCCUCUUGAUUUGGCCGGUGAGGAGGUGGAUAAGUUGCCGUGUCUGCGUGUGCUUCUGGAUUUGGGUGCUGAUGUGAAUGCAAAAGACAAGAAUGGAAAAACGGCACUGCUUCAUGCUCUGGCCAGCAGUGAUGGACUCACAGUCAAUAAUUUGGACAAUAUACAGCUGCUUCUAGAAAGAGGUGCUUCACUGUGAAUUUAAAACAUCAGCUCGGACAUUACUAGACAACAACUGUAUUCAGAAAUUUCAUCAAUACAUAUAUAUAUAUAUAUAUAUAUAUACAGCAGCGUGGAGAAUGCGAAGGAGAUCGGGCACUUCUGUACCCACGUAGCACAUCUUCUGAUCAGCCACGGCGCCGAUCCCAGCUGCUGCUUGAACGCUACCGACGGGGAAGUGUGGGAACAUUCGCUAACCUACACCAGUCUGGAGAACUUCAACUUGCUGUUUCCCCUGACAGCCCUUUUACUCCAGCAUGGUGCUUCCUUCGUCUGCUCUCACCACAGCGCCUCCUACUGGACAGGUCAACAGUUGAUAUUCACACGUCUCGCAGAAGCUCUCCGGGAAGCUUUAGAUGCUGCUGAGACGGCUGAUGUUUUAGCCAAAGCUGAAGUGCUGUUGGAUCUGGCCAGAAUCUGCUGUCCGGUCAUUCCUCCUCUCUUCCCCCACUCAAAACUGCCCGUGCUGGAUCAGAUCUCUACCCCUCAUCCCCUGCUGGAGCUCUACAGCAGACUAGAGGAGCAAGAAAGGCAGCCGCUGCCACUGAGAUGCCUUUGCAGGAGACUCAUCCGCCUCUGUCUGCGGCCCUGGCCUUUCGAGGAGAAGGUGAAAGCCCUGCCACUGCCAGACAGACUGAAGGACUCGCUGCUCCCAGAGAACAGCUGGACAGACAGAGCCGGCUGGGAACGAUUCAAACCUCGACGUUCUCCACGCUGAGACACGAUUUAUGUGUGUGCUUGUAAAUAUAGAGCCCUUAAUGAUCAGUGCAUUCAUUAAA